CCAACACCGCGUCUCCGCCGACACGCGACACGGGACGCAACCGUUCCGCGGCGACCGUGCGUGCGGCCUGGGCAUCCCGAAUCCUCGCGGCGAGCCAUGGGGACGGCUGAAUCCGUGGUGUCUGUACCAGUGAUGUUUGGAGGGCCCAGCCCAGUGAAGCUCGCUGCCACGGUGCUCUUCCACUUGCCCUCGGCCGCGAAGAUGCGCGGUGCCGAGCCCUUCGAUGCUUUCCACACCUCCAUCGUCCUGGGUGACGUGGAGUAUGCCUUCAGCGGCCAAGGGAUUAGGGCCACUAGACCUUACGUGUCUCACUCCAUGCUGAAGCGGCAAACCGAAGUGCGGAUGAUGGGGCACACCAACUUCUCAGCGCACCAGAUGGUGCAGUUCUUGACCCAGUUCUUCCAGCCGGGCACUUAUGACCUGCUAUGCAAGAAUUGCAACAGCUUCUCCGACUGCGCCCUUUAUCUCUUGCUGGGCCAACGCUUGGAGGCGAAGUACUCGCGCAUGGAACGCACGGGCAAAGUGGGACAGAAGAGGAUUGGCCUGAUGUCUGCGCUGCGUUUGAUUGGUAUGAACUACCAGGCCAAUCCAGCUUCACAAAACUUCCAGGUGGAUGAAGUGCUUGCAAAGACCGAUCUCUGCAUGAGAGGGCGUGGCGUUCGUCCUGCACAACACUAUCGUCUCGUGGAGAUCGAAGAUGCUCCCCGUUGCUGCCUGGCUUGCUGCUGAGUGGAGCACCGGUGUAGCCAUGGCCUACGGAGUAGCCCCGGGGUCGUCUCUUUAAGGGAGAUGACCUCAGGUCGUGGAGUUUGUCCUUUGUCCGUUGAUGUAGCACCACCCAGAAACUUGGGUGAAAUGGUGGCGAAGCUUACGAAGCAUUUUACCAUCCAAGAAGCACCCGAAGAUGGGUGGUGCUGGUAGUUGAGUUUGCUUUGUUUGUUCUUGGAGAUGUGGCAGGCCAGGUUCUUGUGGAC